AACGGAGCAACUCGGACUAGCACACGGCGAGAGCCGCUACCGCCAAGACCUGAAAUGACGCGGUGAAAAGCUGCAACCUCGUUUCGCAACUGUGUGCUGGCUUUUUGACCGUAUUUCUUGAUUUCUGCUUGUGCUACGCUUGACUGGACGGUGUCUGUGAUGGCUGGCAUUCGUGUUGCUCGUUCCAAGUUCCUGGAUGCUCAGAAGGUCUCUGCUGCGAGACACUUCUCAUCGUCUUCUGUUAUCAUGACUGAACAGAAGUACCGCGUUGAACGUGAUACAUUUGGAGAGCUUCAGGUUCCUGCUGACCGGUAUUGGGGUGCUCAAACACAACGAUCUUUUCAGAACUUCGAUAUUGGUGGCCCUCAAGAACGCCUCCCUCUUCCUCUCAUCAAAGCCUUUGGCGUAGUGAAGAAGGCCGCAUCUAUUGUCAAUGCUGAAUACGGAUUGGACCCCAAGGUUGGCGAAGCUAUUCAAAAAGCUGCCGAUGAGGUCAUCUCCGGAAAGCUCAUCGAUCAUUUCCCGCUGGUGGUAUUCCAAACCGGCAGCGGCACCCAGAGUAACAUGAAUGCCAAUGAGGUUAUCUCGAAUCGUGCUAUUGAGAUCCUUGGAGGAGAGCUUGGCUCCAAGAAACCGGUACACCCGAAUGAUCACGUUAACAUGAGCCAGAGUAGCAAUGACACCUUCCCUACUGCGAUGCACGUCGCUGCUGUGACCGAAAUCAAUCGCUCGUUGCUUCCUGCCUUGGAGGACUUGCGUGCCGCCCUUGAUAAGAAGUCGAAAGAAUUCGAGCAUAUCAUCAAGAUCGGCAGAACACAUUUGCAGGACGCCACACCUUUGACGUUGGGUCAGGAGUUCAGCGGUUAUGUCACACAGGUCGCGAACGGUAUCGAGCGGGUAAAGGCAACACUUCCUCGUUUGAGUAACCUCGCUCAGGGGGGAACCGCCGUCGGCACUGGCUUAAACACGAAGACGGGAUUCGAUGUCAAGAUCGCUGCGGAGAUUUCCAAGUUGACUGGGCUGGAGUUCAAGACUGCACCCAACAAGUUUGAAGCGCUUGCUGCACACGAUGCCCUUGUUGAAGCACAUGGUGCUCUUAACGUCGUGGCUUGCUCGGUGAUGAAGAUUGCCAAUGACAUUCGAUACCUCGGCUCCGGUCCUCGAUGUGGAUUGGGUGAACUGCUUCUUCCAGAGAACGAGCCUGGAAGUAGUAUCAUGCCUGGCAAAGUUAACCCUACUCAGUGCGAAGCUUUGACGAUGGUUGCGGCGCAGGUCAUUGGCAACCAAACUGUUGUCAGCAUUGCAGGAGCAAGUGGACAGUUCGAGUUGAACGUGUUCAAGCCUGUCAUCAUCAAGAACGUCUUGCAAAGCAUUCGAAUUUUGGCUGAUGGUUCUCGCUCAUUUACCAAGAACUGCGUUGCUGGCAUCCAAGCCAACGAGAAACGCAUUAACUCAUUGCUGAACGAAUCGCUCAUGUUGGCAACCAUCUUGAAUAGCCAUCUUGGAUACGACAAUGUCGCCAAAUGUGCCAAGAAGGCGCAUAAGGAAGGCACUACGCUUAAAGAAGCCACUGUGGCCCUCGGCUUCUUGACUCCCGAGGAGUUUGACGAAAAAGUGCGACCUGAGCUGAUGUUGCACCCUGACGAAGUAUAGGUAGUAAUCUAAGUACGAUAGAUAUGUUUGAAUACGUAUUGCGAAGCCAGUCUAUGAAUGCGUGCGAUGAGAAGGAGAUGGUGUGGGAAGCGCCCAUGGAAGACUGUUUGAGCACGGGGCUGUGACGAAGUUGUGAGCAACAGUUUGACACAUGAGCCUGCUGUCAGUUCCAUCAUUAGGGAAUGCGAUGGCCUCUGCUGUGUCGUCCCACCUGCAAAAGCGCGAACGGAGUGUUUUGCAGUAGCCAGACUGGCAGACAAAAGAAAGAGCACAGGCGUGA